GGCCAUUUUACUUUCGCUACGGUCGCACGAAGCGCGAGUUAGAUUCUACGGAGCACCGUGUAAUCGCAAGCUAUCGCUUGCAUCGCAGGUUUCGUGGGUAUUCCGUGCGAAAGAGGGUUUACUAGCGUAAUUGUUCGAUAGAAGAACCGCUAAACGAAAAUCGGAACAUGGUUUUGGCGGAAAGGAACUCGGAGAAUGUUAGAAAUGGGCGCAGAUCGAGGGGCCCCAGCCCCAAUGGACAGUCCGAAUCCUCGAGCGAAGAAGACGGAGUUCCAGCUGAGAAAAUACGCGUGGGAAGGGACUACCAAGUUAUUGUUCCAGAGUUUGUUCCAGUUAGUGAACGGCGAUUAGAUCAAUGUCCCGAUAGAGCACUGCUUGUGUGGUCUCCCACUACCGACAUACCUGACCAAAAAUUGGAUGAGUAUAUUAUAUUAGCAAAGGAAAAGUAUGGUUACAAUGGUGAGCAGGCAUUGGGAAUGUUAUUUUGGCAUAAACAUAAUUUAGAACGUGCUGUAUUGGACUUAGCUAAUUUCACCCCAUUCCCAGACGAAUGGACAGUCGAAGACAAAGUUCUCUUCGAACAAGCUUUUCAAUUUCAUGGAAAGAGCUUUCACCGUAUUCGACAAAUGUUACCUGAUAAAUCUAUUGCCAGUCUGGUCAAAUACUAUUAUAGCUGGAAGAAAACACGAACUAGAACAUCGUUAAUGGAUAGGCAAGCAAGAAAAUUAACGAGCGGCGGAAAGGAAGGUGAAAAUGGUAGCGAAAAUGGAAGUGAAUUAGGUUCCAAUACGGACAGCGAAUCGGAAGAAAAAAAAUGGACGAUCCACCGCGGAAUACGUCGUGGAAAGAACCAAGCUGUGCCAGGAAGCCAAGGCACUGACGCCAAAGCCCCGUCCGACUCGGAAAACGCCCCUCAGGUUCAGGGCUCGUGUAGCAACUGUGGCGUUGCUUGUCAUAGUGUUCGUGCGACGCCGAAAGGACACGCGUGUCACAGCUGCUAUCUGCACUGGAGGCGAACUGGUGUAGCAAGGCCAUUAAGUUCCAUGCCGGGUCGUACAAAUAAAAGAAAACCACCCCGUGGCCUGGUCGUUAAUCACGAUGAUUUAGCAGCAUUGGCUGGCCAACCGAAUCAAGCAAACAACAGUUUACAAGCGAUCGACACUGAAAUUGUUAGCCUAAAACGCCAAAUACAGUCGAACAAACAACAAGUAAGUGCGUUGAAACGUAAAACGACUGAUGGCAUUGACGAUUUGCGACCACCAGAAGUGUCGAGUCGUAUAAAUGCCCGUUGGACAAACGAUGAAUUACUGUUGGCCGUUCAAGGCGUCAGAAAGUAUGGAAAAGACUUCUCCGCGAUUGCCGAUGUAAUUGGUACUAAAACAGAGGCUCAUUUGCGAUCGUUUUUCGUCAACUACCGACGGAGGUAUAAUUUAGACGCGGUUUUAAAAGAAUACGAAGCUGAGAAUGGUCCGAUAUUGAUUGACGACGAAAAAGAAGAAAAGAUGGAUGUCGAUCAGCCAAACGAGACAGCGGAAUCAUCUCAAAAGACGAAAUCAUCUGUUGGCCUUGGGCAGACGACUAAAUAACAAAUGAGUAUACUGUUGAGUACCAAACGUGAAAAAAAUAAUCACAGGCACUUUGAUAAUCGAUAAUGACGUAAAAAAAGAAGGUAUUUGUCCAUAAUUGAAUUUGCAAUUUAUAUUUUUUUCAUUCUUCGUUGUAUCGCUUUGCUCUAUGGUGGUGCGAUCUCGAGUUAGAAACGCCAAGCACAAGGAUUUUCAUUGAAUGUCAUUGUGUGUGGUACAAUGAUCGGUAUAAUGAAUAUACGAAUGAAUUAAUAUGAAAGAAAGCGUGUGAAUUUAUUUAAUUAGCGUUACGUUUAGUGUAAUAUCUUUUGUAUGUAUCCGAAAUGGGACUUUUAUUAAGCAAUCUGAUAGAAGAGUGGUUCCAUUAAUAACGUUUAGCGUAUCAAUUUAAGAAAACGUAAAUUUGAUUAAGUUAACGCAUCCAAAUACAAGUAUAAGCAUUUUCAACGAUAUACAUCGUGCGUAAUGACGGAUGCAUAUUAGUAAUUUCUUUGGUGAGUAAAUUAAUUGUAUCCUGUAGCACAUAAUAUUUCUAGACAUACGUAAGAGGCGUAAAAAGUUCCAUUUUGACUAAUGAAAGUAAUUUGAAGAAAACAAAAAUUACUUGUUUUAAGUAUUAACUAGCCAUUGUUGUAAAUUUUGCCGCUGUAAUAUUGCUAUGUUUGUAUCGAUUUCGAGGUUUACAUCUAUUUUGUGUCAAUCUUUUUCCUUCUAUAUUUAAUUGUUAAUAGAGAGUUUUUAAGAAAUUUGAAUGAAUUAUAUUACGGAAUUAAAGAGAUGAAGCAACCAUUAUUUACAUUUCUUUUAUGUAGAACAUCGAUAAAUUAAUUUAAUAUUCUUCUGGUAGUCGCAUAAGACUUUGAUGCCGGAUGAAAAUUCUUGUAUUUGUGCCUAUGCAUUUCUGGGCGUACAAAAGAAGUUUAAGGAAUACAAGGUUGUAAGUUAAAGAGAUAUUUUUCUUUUUUCUCCCCGUAUCUCUUUACACUGAAUCGCCAUAUGUACACCUUACCUAUAAUAACGUUAAAUAUAUGCCGUGAGUCAGACAAUCUUCUAUUCUAUACGGAAACAAAAUAAGACGAGGAGAAAAAAGAAGUUUCUACACAGCUGUCGAUUUUUAAAUGGUUGAAAUGACCGAUUAUGAUUACAUGGAACAGAAGGUACUCGGUAAAGUAAGGUUUAACGCAUUCAUUGCCAAAUUAUUUUACUUAAAAUAUUGAACUGCAACGAUCGCGUUAAACAAGCUAUUUGCUAGAGAAAUAAUGCUCAACGAAAAAGGUACAGUUUAAUUCAAAUUUUAACAAAAGAACGUGUAAUAUUUUAUCAUGAUAUAUCACAGUGUGAAUUUCUUUUACAAGUUUUAUAGAAUAACAAAUUUGAGGGGUUGAAAAUCGUGCUGCAAAAAAAAAAUCAGAUUAAGGGAAAUAAAUAUAUUUUUGUGGCUUGCCGCUACGUACUUGAUCGAGAUGUAUAAAAAAAAUAAUGGUUCCUGAAUAUUUCUAUUGUAUUAUGCAAAAUUAUCUAACGAAGGCACAUAUAUACUAAAAUUGACCGUAUUAAGAAAUAACGGUGCUUCUAUAGUUACAAGCCCAAGUUUUCGUACUCCAAUAUAGAGGAGUACCCCAUUUAUAAUAGAAAGAUAUAUUGAAUAAUUUUAAUGGUGAAAGUCUCCGCAUACGUACAAGAAAAAAAUACUUUCAACAAAUUUUUCCAAAAUAGUUUGUUGUUCUUACAAUGUUAAAUGUUUGAACGAACGUAAAACGCAUAUAUCUGCUUGCAUCUUGAUAUAGUUAGUUUAAUUUUAGAAUGAUAAAAAAAAAAGUUCUUAACGAAUCUAUUUUCAAAAAAUCAUUUAAUCGCGUCAAUUGUUCUAAAAAUUCCGACUUCAUAUUAACUGUAUUAUAGUUAAAUAAUAAUUCUGUUCAUUUUUACUGAUUAUUAAAGCCAAUCUAAAUAGAUACACAAUUGUGUUUAACAGCAACUUUUUAAAGCAAAUACUUUUAAGACCCAUUGACUUUCAAUCAUUUUCACUGCUUUAUGGUAGAAUAUUAAAUCUUAAUUUUAGUUUCAUACGUACAUCAUCUACAUUUACUAUUAAUAGCAAUAGUAAUAAUAUUGUUAGUUUAAUGUUUGUCUAGGUAAUGUUGACUACUUAAUGUUAAUGAAAAAAAAACACAACUGUAAGUGCACGAUUCUUUUCUUUUUGUUAUUUCUUAAAAAUUGAUUGUCAGACUACGCACCCUUUAGUAAUUAUUAUAUAACAUACUUGGAUGUAAAUAGAAAUGAUCACCAAAGAAAUUUAAUGUAACGGUUAGCGACAUAUCACAAAGACUGAUCAAAUAGUCGCUAGGACUAUCUGGUCGGGCAAGAAGAUAAAACUCAAACGCGAAAUAUAUUGAGAUCAGAAGCGAGUUACAAAUUGUUUGGAAAUUUUCAUUUAAUAUAAACUAUUUUAUUUGGAUGACAAUUUAAGAAUUGUAAAAAAUUUGAAUAUUUAGCAAACUGUACCUACAUAACUGACUGUAAUCUGUUAUGCUCUGAUCCAUUUUCAUCGUGUAUAAUUAUUUCAUAUGCAAAAGCACGGCAUAGUGUUCAAAUAAAUUAUUAGAAGUAAGUUUUUGAUAGCUUAAUGUUGAAGAAAGAAGCUACUUUUGAAUACUCUGUUGCACAACUGCUUCUUUCACGGCGAAUGUCAUCUUCUUUCUUCAAUUGUCAUUUAAUUACAAAUGCAUUUAAGUAAAGGACGAUGCGAAGUUAGCGAAUAAAAGUUUCUUCAAAUAGACAAAUCUGCUUAAUACCUGAAUAUCUUUUGAAAUUGAAUUUUUGUAAUUUUAUACGUCGCCGAUGUUUUUUCUUUUCAUAAUCAAGCAAUACAUCGUGAAAAACAUCGACGUCACGCGAUAAUUUUAAUUCGUAUUAUUAUUGUUAGCUCGACAGUUAAAGAAACGUAAUUUCCUGGAAGAUGUCACAAUAAAAAAAUUCACUAGAUUAUAUUUAAUAUCGCGCAAUGGUGCAAACUGUAGAUACGAUGGAAAGAACGAGAAUUUCGCAAUGUAUAAUAUAUUCUAUGAUCGUUCAAAAUUUUCUAAUAUUCUGAUACGAUUAAUGUAGUAUAAUGUAAAUAUAAAAUUAUAAACUUUGCGAAUGUGUACACAUUCUUAUAAUCUUAAGGUGUACAGAUGUAUUUAUUCAGGACUAUUAAAUAUCUCUUGUGUACUUUGA